UAUACAUCGGGGUCACGAGAGCGCCGACCUCCCAGGGUUAUCGCGAGGACAAGAUGGCAUCCAUAAAGCCCGGGGCCCGGGCCCGGCACGCAGUAGGUGCUGUCUAGCGAUCAGCGUUCACAUUGCGAUCAUUGCUAACCUGGCUUUCCGUGCCUCAGGCUCCGGAGGCUGGCACGGCCGGGCACCAGGGCCCCUAAGUCUGCUGGGAGGAGGGGGCGGCCCAGGAGCCCCACAAACGCCCGCCUCGGGGCCUUCUUUUGGCAGAGAGCUCUUGGACUGCUACCUGGAGGCUGCCAAGAUAGGCCCUGCGGCCCGCUUCUGCACCAAGGCCGCCCCCUUUAUCAGGCAGCACGCCCCGAAGAGAUACAAGCAGAUCUUCUCCAUGAUGGUGCACCACAGGCUCCUGGAGGUGUGGAAGCUCAGGGAGGAAAUUAAGGGCUCCGUCUGCCUGGGCGUCCUCUUUAACAUCAACAUGCUGAAGUCGCAGCUGGCCCGGAAGGUGACCACCGAGGAGAUCAACAAGUACUUGACGGACGCCUACACCCUCCUACAACAAUACCAGGAGCCGGGCAUGGACCAAGACGAACGGAUGCAGCUGCUUUUAGAACUGGCCCGUUUCUCGCUGAGCCUCAAGUCUGUCAACUUUGCCAGCGCCUGCAUCGAAGACCUGAAGGCCGUGAAAGAGAUGGACCCUGGGAAGAUGAUCGAGGUUGAGUGCCUGGAGUAUGAGCUGGAGCUCCUGAAGAUGGAUGACAAGAUCAUGGCCUAUACCGUUAGCGCCGUGGAGGUCCAGCUGGCUGUGAUCAAGAGGCUGAACCUGGCCUUGCUCCGGGCCAACCGCUUGGGAGACCCCAACGUGAUCCAGGUGGUGUGCGCCACCCAGUGGAACAUCUGCCUGCCCCUGCUGCAGCACAACCUGCGCUCGAACCUGCUCAAGCCCCUGCUUGAGGUGGCCGAGAUCCUGGAGAAGAUGGACAGCCUGAUGAUCACGAUGAGAUGCCAAAUCCACAUCGAGAUCGCCCACAUUGAGGAGGACAGCGACAGGCUGAUGGUGGCCAUGGGGCACCUGCAGAAGGCCCGGCGCCUCGACUUCCUGGGCGGGUACCAAGACCUCAUCAACAUGGCCUACAACCGGCUCCGCCUGCGCGCCAUGCUCUACCAGGUUCCCAAGCGCAUGGAAGACAAAGCCAUCAUGGCCAUCGAGGAGGCCAAAAGAACAAGACCCAAAGACAGCAUAAGGAAGAAACGGGCUCUGCUGGUGAACGUGGGCCUCGCCUUGGCGCCGGACGCCUUUCAGAUUGUUCUGGACGGGGAGAAUGAGAACAAAGUAUCGAUGGGCAAGAGCAGAAGGCACAUCAGCUUCCUCUGUGCCAAGGCCCGCCAUCACACCAUGAGCGUGGACAAGGCCGAGGGCCACCUGAAGCGCCUCAAUCGGGACAACCACGAGGAGCGGAUCUACAUUUGGGCCGAUUUGGCCAAAGUGUCCCGGAAGCAGGGCGUGUGGGACGUGUGCCGGACGGCCUGCAGGUUCUGCCUCCUGUACGACGCCAUGUCCAAGAAGAUGGCCAAGGUCAAGAAAAGCCCCGUCGGGAAGAAGAAGCGCCUCUGGGGGGCGCUGGAGAUCAACCUAGACACCCUGGGCCCGGAAACGGGCCAAAAGCAAAUGUCAGUGGACGUCCUGCGCACAUUCGCUGAGGUUGGCUUCAUCAAUGCCGAGGCCAUCAUCCACUUCCUGCGGUCAGAGGGCAUCGAGCUCAAUAACCGGCCCGUCCCCCCCGAAGUCACAGUCCCGCACCACCCUGGCAAUGUGGUGCCCCCCGAGGAGGACGCCGAGUGGCUCACCUACAGCUCCUGGAUCAUGAACUUGUCUCAGUACGCCAUGAAGAACUGGCUGCGCUCCGCCGAGAUCGGGCAGGAGAUCAACGAGGCGUGGCUGGUGCACAACACGGUCGUCUACGUCCUCAACCACAACCACCACCUGAUCCUGGCCGGCCGCCAGAAGGAGCUGGUGGAGCUGCUGCAGGGCCUGCUGAGCAUCAUGAAGGUCACGGGCCACAACGGGGACACCAUCACGCUGGUGCUGCUGUGCAACGCCCUGGCCCGGGGGCUCAUUCUGGGGCUCAUCCCCUCCCAAACGUCGGAGAAGGGCCGCAGGUUUCUGAAGUCGAACCAGCUGCACUUGUCCCCAGUGGAGGGUUUUGUGGCUUCUGAUGUCAGAUUGGCCAUUGAGGUGUGCGACUACGGUCUCGCUCUGACAAAUGGGAAUCUGCCUCAGGAGAUAGUGCCCAUCAGCACCCGGCAGCAGCUCAUUGCCACCUGGGUGAAGGCCAAGCAGCUGCUUCAGCAGCAGAUUGGCAGCAAACUGGGCACGGACGAUGAGUACAUUAAUGAAAGCCAGACGCGCAUGACGAAGGUUCUCGUGGCCUUGGAGAUGUACUCGUGCAACGGGCUGGGCCUCAUGGACUUCACCCUUCCCUCCCUGAAUCAGGUGGUGAGGUUGGCCUCAGAUUGCAAGUGGACAGACCCCCACGUGGAAUUGCAGAGCCUGGUCCGAUUGGCCCACUUUGCUUAUGGCUUACGUGAGCACGAAAUCGUGAUGUCCUUGGCCAAAAAAGCCUUGAGCAAGGUUUGGAGGCACAGCGAGGACCCCCGGGACAUCGAGUUCAGAGACCCGAAUGAGAAAUUGUUCCGCGCCGAAUUGCUGAGUUCUUUGCUGUGUGUCCAAGGGAAGAGCAUCAUGGAGAACCUGGCGGGAAGGAAGCACUUGCGGCAGCAGGCAGCCAAGGCCUUCCUGGACGGCAUCAGGUAUGGAGGCCUGGCAGGGAACCACACCCUGGUGAUGCAGUCAGCUCGCCACUACUGGAACACCUGCUUCCCAUUCUUCAGCUCCGCCUUCUGUCGGAAGAGGCUGAAAACGUCCAUCCAGCAGAUCCUCAAAACCAUCAACAAGACCAAAACCCAAAAGAAGUGUGAAGAGAUGUCCUUCAUCCUCCAUCAGUGGCCCAGCAUGGACCUUCAGCACAGCGGAAGCACUAGCGGUCGCUUCCAGCCAGGCAGCGAGGACGACACCAGCCUGAAGACGGCCCUGUACGGGCUCCUGUUCCACAUGCACGCCGACCAGAACGACCUGCAGGGGGGCCUCCGCGUCCUGGAGCAGGCGGUUCAGAUCUUGCCCCGCGCCUCUCACCGCCUGCUGCUCUUCAAGCACAUCGUGAUCGUGAAGGCCAAGCUCGGCCAGAACUUCUCCAUGGAAAUCCAGAAGUUCAAGGACACGAGCGAAGACUACCUGUCCCAGAUGUGGCACCGCCUGGCUUCCAACUCCAGGGACCGCCUCGGGAGCCUGAACUGCUACUACAACGCCAUCCAGGCGCUGCAGAAACCAGAGAACACGUGGCAGAAGAUCUCGUACCUCAUGGAGUUCUCCGAGUGGCUCUACUGCAAUCAGUUUCCCAUCAACAACGUCUUCUUCCAUCUGGAUUUGGCGAUCGAACUUCUUGUCUGCAUGAAGCCGGACCACAACUGCAUGGAGGACGUGGGCGUCUCCCCCACCCCAGUGGAGGACGCCGGCGAGGAUUCCCCCUCGGCAGAGAAAGUGUCUGUAAGCCAAGAGGAAGUUGCGAAAGAGACUUCUGAGGAACCCACAAAGCUGACCUUUGAGUCUCUAAACAAUGUGAGGCAGCUGGAUGUGCUGACCCAGGCCUACACGCUCCUGGCCAUAAUGUCAGGAACUGUGCCUUCUCAAUAUGAGAAUUCCUUGAUGGCCUACAGGUGCAUCCUGCGCAUUUGGGAGACCUCCAUGGCAACAGUAGGGAAUAUACUGAGAACCUUAGAUGCCAGCCCAGAGGAUCCAAGCCUACAAUCCACAGCCACUAAAAAGGAAAGAGAGAAGAAUAAGGAGAAAGCCAAGGAGGAAGAGAAGGAGAAAGGCAAAGAGGAGGAGAAGGAGAAAGGCAAAGAGGAGGAGAAGGAGAAAGGCAAGGAGGAGAAGGAGAAAGGCAAGGAGAAGGAGAAAGGCAAGGAGAAGAAGGAGAAAGGCAAGGAGGAGAAGGAGAAAGGCAAGGAGGCAAAAAAGGAGAAAGGCAAGGAGGCAAAAAAGGAGAAAGGCAAGGAGGCAAAAAAGGAGAAAGGCAAGGAGGAGAAGGAGAAAGGCAAGGACAAGGAUAAAGAUAAAGACAAGCUCAAGGACAAAGGGCCUGUCAAAGAGGUGAUAACGAUGCAGUCAGUAAUGGCCAGUAAGCCAUUGGAUGCUUUGCCAUCCAGCGUGGAGGAAUGGGCAUUCUUCCAGUGCUCCAAAGACUUGACCUUACUCUUCACCCAAGAUGCCAGUAACUCUACCAUCAAUAUCAACACCAUUCUGAAACCUAAUUUCAGCCUGUACUACCUGGACCAGUUGGUGAAGACAUUGAACUCACUUCACCUCAUCCACCUCACACUUCCCGUCCUCCAGUUUGCUGUGCUGAUUUGUGAUCUAAUUUUAGAAAGUAAAACUGUCUCUGACCUCUACCAUCUCAGGCUGGCUGAGGUCUGCACGGAGCUGCGAUUGUGCGAAGCAGCAGCCUUCCAUGAAGCCUUUGUGGGCGGGAUCUACAUCAAUGAGCUGGAGCAAGCCAGUUGCAGAAAUGAAGUCAGAUCGAGGAAGGAGAAGAGGAGCGAGUUCCUGAAAGAAGUGGCCACGGAAAACAAGGACUCGGCCUUCAGGGACGGCCAGUCCACGCCCACCAUCUCCGAGGCCAGGGACAGGGUUCUGGAGAUCAACGAGCAGCCGCAGAAGGGCAUCCAGGGGGUCUCCUUUCCGUACCUGUGGAUGUACAAGGCCGAGGUGCUGCUGCACAUGAACGCCUACCAGCCCGCCUGGCUGCUCCUGGCCGAGGCCGAGGUCGCUUUCCGCGAACUCGGGGACGUCUGUGGAGAGGCCAAGUGCCUCCACCUUCUCUCUGAGCUGGCGAAGAAAGAGCUGAAGUACUCCCAGGCCAAGAAGCUCAUCGAGAAGGCCCAGGCGCUGGGCGGCAACGAGGAGUUCUGGUACCGCUCCACGGUGUCCCUCAUCGAGACCCUCUUGGCCCAGGAGAAAGGCAGAGCGACCCUGAUCCCGAACAUCAUCCAGAAGACCACCAGCGUGUUCCAGGCUCUGGCCCAAGAGAGACCCAACAGGCGCUCGUUCCUGACGUUCCUGGGCACGUCUCUGGAAGCCAGGGGUGCACAAAUUCAGCUGAGCUUCGUCCUGGACUCAGCCGGAGAUUCAAAUAUUUUGGAUUUUUCGUAUCUGCUCACUGUCAUUUUUGAGAGGUUGAAAACAAUUGAGAAAAGUUUUUUUGAUAACGGCUACAAAUACCACUGUGUGGAUAUCAUUCUCCUAUGUGUCAAGAUCAAGAGGAUAUUUGCCCAAAAUGAGACUGACCAGAAGCAGAAGGCCAGCUCUUACUUGGAAGCCUAUGCCUUGAUCCGGAAAGCCGUUAGAUAUGUGGAAGAAGUAUUCUCCGACAUUCAGUCCCUUCUGCCCCUUCACGAGACCCAGAACAUCAACACUCCCCUGAUGAGGAAGCUUGCCAGGCUCAAGUUAAAACUGGCUAAAGUCUCCCUGGAGAUAAUUCAGUUUCAUCAGAGAAAAUCUCUGGAGGAAAAUCUGAAAGAAGGGACGUGGGAAAAGGUCCUGGCUGACUACUUGUUGGAUCCUGAUGACUUCACUGAAUUGGAAAGGGACUGGUUCAACGUGAAACGGACGGUGGCCCACAGGACUCUGGCCCAGCUCCAGAGCAUGCAGCACCUCGGGGUUGGCUGCAUUGAUCUUCGAGCCAAGUUCUUGUACCUCACUGGGAGAACGCUCCAUUUCCUGGCCAUCCAGAUUGACCCUGUUAAUCAGCCUUGUUACUGGGAUGAGAACUUCUUGAUGGAGCACAAAGCGGCCGGCCCGCCCACGGCAGACGCAGACAAAGAGGAAGCGGAAGCCGACCCUCGAGCCUCUUCCCAAAGUGAGGACCACGUCCGCAAGGGCAGAGAACUGAAGAAGAGGUUCACGCAGGCCCAGAGGUUCCGCGCCCAGGCUUCCGAGGUUCUCCUGCAGUGCUUACAAGUCUCUCUGAGUAACAACCUGAUGAAAACCGCGGCCAAAGCCAGCCUCGAGGUGGUGGAGAGCAUCGGGGCCAUGGACCAGCCUUCGGCCUGCCAGUUCAUGGCCCUUUACCAGAGCUGCUCGGCGUCUGUGUCCAUGAGGAAGCUCCUGUACUCUGUCACGACCAACACCUGCAGCUCGCAGCUGGCAUCCCUGAUUCAGCUCCACCAGAAACUGCAGGAAGAAGACAAGAUGGACACCACCCUCUUUAACAACGUGGAGCAGAGCCUCGCCAUGAUGUCCAAGGUCUGGCAGAACCUCAGCGUUUCGGAUCAGCACUUUAAUAUCCUGAGCGACCUCCCUCUGAGCUAUCGGCUCCUGAUCCUCCAGCACUCAGACGACAGGUCCACCCUGUACGGCAUGAUCUACGAGAAGCCCAAGUACAGCCCCGGCCCCAAGGGGAAGAUGGUCCAGAUCAGCAUCCCGUGCAGGGUGUUCCGUCUCCCCGUGGACAUCGAGCUCCUCUCCCAGCUGCUGGGGAGCAUCAGCCUGUUCAAGAAGGACCUCGAUCACUCCUCCUUCCUGGACGACGUCAUCGCCGAGGAACCAGAGGAUGUGGAAGACCUCGAAAACAUGCUGGAGGACUUCGACAACCUCUCCGAGCUCAUGCAGGAGUACAUGAAGCCCAUCCUCUCGGCCAUGCAUCCGCCGGAACCCAAACUCCAGAGCGAAGGAGGAAAAAAGGCAAGAGAAAAGGAACUGAAGCCUCCCAUACUCGUGCAAGACCCCUCAGUGCCGCCCGUGGAAAUGGCCGAGUUCCUGAUCCUCAUCACGGACAGGAUGUUCAUGGAGAUGCCCCUGGAAACAGUUAUGAUGGGAGAAAAUGGGAACAUUGCCUCUGUGACCCGAGAAUUCUCCCUCCAGAUGCUGGCCAAUCGCCUCCACAGAGAUGAGCCAGAAGUUAUCAAGAAAGAGAAAGUCCCCAAAGAACCCAAGCAGAGAGGGAAGAAGUUCGGCAAGAAGCUCAGCCGCGUCUUGCCAGCCAAUUGUAUGGCCGUGGACAUGACCAAUAUUAAGUAUAUCGUGGACCCAUUCGAUGAAGGAAAGACAACCGAGGCCAACAUGCCGGCCAACAAGACCCAGGAGCUCCUGGAGCGGUAUCGCGACCUGUACACCAACCGCUGGACGGGCACCGUGGGCAGCAAGAACGGCCCCAGCCAGGCCGACUGGGAGCAGUGCUUGGCCAGCUGCAGCGGCUUCUUCUUCUACGGCAUGGAGAACCUGCUGUCCCACGUCCUCAUCGACAGCCUCAUCUCCAUGAACCUGCAAGAGUGCCAGAUGAUCAUCCUUCUGAACCUGACGCGCUCCGUGUACAGCAGCCAGAGGAGGGCCAAGUUCGACGAGCUCCAGAAGCCUUCCCUGCUGAUGCUGCACAUGCCGGUGGACACGGCCAUCCUGCUGAGCCUCAUCGGCAUCCGCUGCGUCAUGACGAACCAGUGGCAGACGACGCUGCGCUGCAACGCCAAGUUGGCCGACCACCUGUUCGAGGACUUGCUCAAGAUUGGAAAGCCGGGCGGGAAGGCCAUCCUCCACCUGCUGAAGUCGGGCAUCAACGAGGAAGUCGUGAAGGUGGAACCCCCAAAGCCCGGAGACAAAGCCGCGGACAAAGCUGCGGACAAAGCCGCCGCGGACAAAGCCGCUGCAGAGCCCAUCCCCGAGCCGCCCGCCGAGGAGAUCAUCCCUGAGCCCAAAUGGGUGGAUUUCAACCACGUGCUCUACGGACUGCCCAACCUGGUCAUUAUCUAAGCCCCAGCCGAGCCCGGCCCAGCAGCCUCCUUGGGAAAGGGGCGCCUCGACCCUUCCCAGAGCCCCCAUGGGCCAGCCUCCCCUCCAGCCCAGGCCCUCCCUGCUCGGGCUCUCAGGCUGUCCCUGGCACCAGCCAGGCACGGAUCCCACUGUGGGGCCCUUUAGGCAAACGGGAUGGAGGGAUGUGGAGGGGAGACGCCACUGGGCCAACGGCGGCGAGUGAGGUGGGCCACAGGCCCCGGGAGCCGGGAGGCGGGCGCAGGGGGGUGGCCACGGCCUCUGGUCCCCACAGCCUUUCCCAGACUGCCCCCCGACGCCCCAAGCUACCUCUUGCCCCCUCAUGUUCUUAAUCUGCGGCCUGGGGAACAGCACGACCACAAAUAAAGGCUGGCUGGGCCUUGAAGGUGCCCUCCCAGGGAUUCUCUGGA